AUGGCGCCCGUGUCCCGCUCCCGCUCCCCGCCCGCCGCCAGCCCCGAGCGCCGCGCCCGCCGAUCCCGAUCCCGAUCCCGAUCCCGCUCCCGCGAGCGCAACGUCCCGAGGCGCCCGAGCCACCGGCGGAGCCGCAGCCGGUCGCGGUCGCGCAGCCCCGGCCCGCCGCGCUCCGCCGCGCACCACGGGCACCACCACCACGGCAAGGGCUGGCCCGAGUACUACGAGAAGGAGAAGGAGGAGAUCUUACGGCAGAGGAGACUCAAUGAGAGAGAGAGAAUUGGAGAGCUGGGGGCACCUGAAGUCUGGGGGCUGUCACCAAAGGUUCCUGACCCCGAUUCUGAUGAGCAUACACCAGUAGAAGAUGAAGAGGCAAAAUCGAAGAGUAGUUCUUCGGAUUCCAGCUCAGAAGAGGAAAAGAAGAAAAAGAAGAAAAAAAGAAACAAGAAAAAACGUAAGGCAUCCAAAAGAAAGCGCAGAAAACAUUCUGAGGACAGCGACAGUGAGUCGGAGUCUGAGCAGAACUCCAGUGAUGAAGAUAAAAAGAAAAGCAAGAAGAGGAAAAAGAAGAGCAAAAAGAAGAAGUAUAAGAAAAAGAAAAAUAAGAAGAGCAGGAAGGAAUCCAGCGAUUCCAGUAGCGAAGAUUCCGACGAUGAAACAGUUCAAGGGGAUGAUCUCUGGAUUGAGAGAUCAAAAAAUACUGAAGCCGAUAGCUUGAUUGGACCAGAGGCUCCCAAAACUCAUGCGUCUCAGGAUGACAGGCCUUUGAACUAUGGACACGCCCUCCUGCCGGGUGAAGGUGCAGCAAUGGCAGAGUAUGUAAAAGCGGGAAAACGUAUUCCCCGGAGAGGCGAGAUCGGUUUAACCAGUGAAGAGAUUGCAUCGUUUGAGAGCUCUGGUUACGUCAUGAGUGGCAGCAGACACCGGCGCAUGGAAGCCGUGCGUCUGCGCAAGGAGAACCAGAUCUACAGCGCAGACGAGAAGAGAGCCCUGGCCUCCUUCAACCAAGAGGAGAGGAGGAAACGAGAGAACAAGAUCCUCGCAAGCUUUCGAGAGAUGGUCUACAGAAAGACUAAGGGCAAAGAGGAGAAAUAAUGCUUUGUUUGAGCUGUGCAGCACGGAUUGUACCACGCAGCAGCUGACCUGUUCCAGUCGUGAUUUGAAAAAUGCUGCAGGUGCUGCAGCGCCUUUCACCCAACAGGGCUGGGCCCCAGGAGUGGAUUACUUCUGUCAAGAAAACAGAGUUACUUUCAUCAGAUUCUCUAGGGUGAUUUGUUCACCAUCUACAAGGAAUCCCUGUAAAGUGAAAGGCUAGAAGGCAGGAACAGACAGGGAAGAUUAGAGGUGUCAAAUGUUCUGUGCUUGCUUUGAAUCAGACAAGCUGGAGGAUCCCGUGGGAAGGGCUUUGUUACAUAAUACCAAUGUGUCAUUUUUUUAAUUCCAUUUAUUUUGAUUUUUCAUAGACUCAUUUAGCUUGGAAAAGACAGCAAACAAGCUACUACUAACAGCAGCAAAAAUGAAGGAACUCCUGAGUUCCUGUUUAAGAUCUAGGACUGUCCACUAUUUCUUCAGAAGUCUUUUUAGAUUUAGGUUUUUCUCAAAACAGUGAAGUUUGGUUUGUGGUUCAAACUAGACUUGUAAAUAUUCUGUAAAUGAGUUUGUAAUUUAAUACAGAUGGGCUUCAGUUACUUUAAAGCAAGCAGAUUGCAAUUGGGGUGUAAAGUAACAGUAUAAUAGGAGGGUCCGCUCUUCACUGAAAUCUGUGGUGAAGAACAAAGUUGCUUGCUUCUUUUUCUCCUAUGUUAUACAUAGGCAUUAGAGCAGUGGGGUGCAGUGAUUGGAACCCCUGGAUGUACACAGUGGCAACAAGGAUGUGUCUUUCAAUUUAUUUGAAAUGUUUAUGUUUAUGAAAGUGUUCUAGAUUAAAACCUUAUUUUAACUCCG